GGAAACACAUAAGGCAACACAGAAACAAUGCAGAUGAUUUCUAUUCAAAUCAUCUGAGCGGUUUACCAUGAGCGUCCCCCCCGUCUCCGUGGCAGACGGUUUGUACACCUACGCUGCGAUAACUUUUACACAACCUGGGAGAGUCGCUUCUCACAAUCGUCGCUUCGCACUCCAAACUGUUUACUUUCUCUGCCAGCGCGGAAUUAGCAACCAGGAGCUGAGACAAGCCUAGCCGUAGCUUAGCCGAGUCUUCGUCCACCAGCUUGCAGACUUGACUAAGGGCAGACCUGGCCAUCGUCUCCAUGAUGGCGGAGAGCUGUGUGUAAAAAGAGAGGCGGCUCGCCAUCGCUGAUGCUGGCUGUAACAACAACCCUCUUCACCAGCUAAAGAAACAAAGUAUGAGUAGGCUGCAAUUCAACAAGCGACACUGUAUUGAAUGCAUUAGCUGGCUGCACACGUAGCUAAUGAAGCUAAUUUGAGCUAAAGCUACUCGCAAACAAAGCGGGACCCAAAUAAAUGUAGCAACCGUGACGUGUUUCCGGCGGAUGUAACCGGUCAGCUGCGUUGGAUUACAAGGCUUCCUGGUUCGCGAGUGAAAUCGAUGUGUUUUCUCCGUUUUCUCUCAUAAAUUAUCAUAAAUGCAGAGUGCUUUCUCUCGUAUCAACGUACAUUUCAGUCGACACGAUCCGGUACAACCGCAGCUACGAACAUGAACACGGAGAAGGACUUUUCGCCUCUGACGCCCAACAUUGUCAGGGCUUUGAAUGACAAACUGUACGAGAAGAGGAAAGUCGCGGCACUAGAAAUUGAGAAACUGGUGCGGGAGUUUGUGGCUCAGAACAGCUCUACUCAAAUCAGACAUGUUAUCCAGAUCCUGGCCUCGGAGUUUGCGCUUUCCCAGCACCCCCACAGCCGGAAGGGGGGUCUCAUUGGACUGGCAGCUUGCUCCAUCGCCCUCGGCAAGGACUCGGGUCUGUAUCUGAAGGAGCUUAUUGAGCCGGUACUCACGUGUUUUAAUGACUCAGACAGCCGUUUGCGCUACUAUGCCUGCGAGGCCCUCUAUAAUAUAGUUAAGGUGGCCAGGGGAGCUGUGCUGCCCCACUUCAACCUGCUCUUUGAUGGUCUCAGCAAGCUUGCAGCAGACCCAGACCCCAAUGUGAAAAGUGGAUCGGAACUCCUGGACAGACUGCUGAAAGACAUUGUGACAGAAAGUAACAAGUUUGACUUGGUGGCAUUUGUCCCCCUGCUCAGAGAGAGAAUCUACUCCAAUAAUCAAUAUGCUCGGCAGUUUAUUAUUUCCUGGAUCCACGUUCUGGAGUCUGUGCCAAACAUCAACCUGUUAGAGUACCUCCCUGAGAUCCUGGAUGGGCUCUUCCAGAUCCUAGGAGACAACAGCAAGGAGAUCCGUAGAACGUGUGAGGUGGUGCUUGGCGAGUUUUUGAAGGAGAUCAAGAAGACGCCCUCCAGUGUGAAAUUUGCUGAGAUGGCCAACAUCCUGGUCAUCCACUGCCAGGUUGCGGAUGAAACAAAACUCACAAACGACCUGAUCCAGCUUACGGCUAUGACCUGGAUGAGAGAGUUUAUCCAGCUUGCAGGCAGAGUGGUUCUCCCCUACUCCUCUGGCAUCCUAACUGCAGUGCUGCCUUGCCUUUCCUACGAUGACCGAAAGAAGAAUACCAAAGAAGCAGCCAGUGCCUGUAAUCACAGUCUGAUGAAACUGGUGACUCCUGAGGAUGACGAGGAAGAGGAGAAAAGUGGAAAUGCAGGUUCCGUGGAAGACGGCCAGCCGAAGACGGAGGCGGACAGCAAUGAUAUGCUGAAUGCGUCACAGGAAUCUGUUGGUUUCAGUAAUAUCAGCUUCUUCACUCCGGCGAGCGCUGACAGGCCUCAGGUCGUUCUGGACCUGGACGGUAUUGUUCAGGUGUUGGACCGACACCUCCACGACUCGGCCACUGGCAUGAUGACCCGCAUAGCUGUGCUCAAAUGGCUCUACCAUCUCUACAUCAAGACCCCACGCAAAAUGUUUCGCCACACGGACAGCCUGUUUCCCAUGCUGUUGAAAACGCUGUCUGAUGAGUCUGAUGAGGUGAUACUGAAAGAUCUGGAGGUGUUAGCUGAGAUAGCUUCAUCUCCUGCUGGCCAAACGGACCAAGUCGGCUCCUGCGACAGCACUGCCAAUAAACUGGAGCUCAAGGUCCCAGAGGGUGCCAGGCCAGGACAGCAGCCCAGCACGGACUCCAGAGCGGUGGACUCGUCCCCCUCCACACCCAGUAUGAACUCGUAUUUUUACAAGUUCAUGAUCAACCUGCUGAAACGCUUCAGUCUGGAGAGGAAGCUUCUGGAGAACCGAGGCGCUUUCAUCAUCCGGCAGCUCUGUCUGUUGCUUCAUGCGGAGAACAUCUUCCACUCCAUGGCGGACAUCUUGCUGAAGGAGGAGGACCUCAAAUUUGCAUCCACCAUGGUUCAGACGCUCAACACCAUCCUGCUCACCUCGGCGGAGCUUUUCCAGUUACGCAACCAGCUGAAAGACCUCCGCACUCAGGAGAGCUGCGCCUUGUUUUGCUGCCUGUAUCGUUCCUGGUGCCACAACCCCGUGGCCACCGUGUCGCUCUGUUUCCUCACGCAGAACUACAAACACGCCUAUGACCUCAUCCAGAAGUUUGGAGAUCUUGAGGUGACCGUAGACUUCCUGAUGGAGGUCGACAAGUUGGUACAACUCAUUGAAAGUCCCAUUUUCACCUACCUGCGCCUACAGCUCCUCGAUGUGGAGAACAACCCUUACCUGAUAAAGGCCCUGUACGGCCUGCUGAUGCUGCUGCCACAGAGCCAGGCCUUCCAGCUGCUCUCCCACCGCUUGCGUUGUGUCCCCAACCCUGAGCUCAUGAGGACUGUGGAUGAGUCCAAGUAUAUGGACUCCAAACACCAAGUGGUCUCCAAACGUGCCUCUCACACUCAGAUGGAUUACAAUGAGCUGCUCCAGCAUUUUGACCGUGUUCAGAGCAAACACCUAGAAGUCCGACACCAACGCUCUGGACGUGCCUCUGAUCACCCUGACAGGAAGCUGAUGUGAAGUUACUGUGUCAUAGUGACCUCUGGCCCUUAAUGGAGAGCGAGAGGAGGGGGGGAAAAAAAAAAUAUGUUAAGGACAAGAACAAUAUAUCUAUGUUCUGUAAAAGAUUACGAUGUUGAAGCCAAAAAGUAUUAAUUAUGAUUUAAAAACUCUUAUCUUAUCAGAGCACCGGAUUGUGAAGAAACAAUGAUUUGUUUGUAAAUUGAGAAUGUUAUGUAACAGGAAAAAAAAAACAUUUUUAACAGAAAAAAAAAUGUAAUACACUUCACACAUGCAAUUGAAUAGUGACUACUUUUUGUGAAGAUUUGAAGAAUGAACAUACAAUCUCAUACAUCAUAAUUAGAGUGGCGGCUUCCAUGCUAAUUGAAAUGUUCACAAUGUUUCAAGUGAAUCUGACAUGGAUUAUAGUGUUUAAUAGCACACCUCUGUCAUUUAAUGUCCAUGUGAACCACAGUAUUUUCAUGGUGUAUCCUGUUGAGCAGUAUGAAUAGAGCAUGCAUCCAGGGUUGCCUUAAUCUCUUAUCAGCCAGAAAAAAAGUUUAAACUUUGGAAGCCAUCGAUGACUGAAAACUGGCACUAAUUCUGGGUAGGUCCACACCUCCAGCUUUUAAUUCCAUUUCGUUCUUAUAUAUUCUUCAGCUAAUGUGUAUUUCUCCUUGUACAGUAUUUGUUUGUCUUGCAUUCUUGAAAAAGAUUCACACUUUUGUAAUUGCUGUGUGAAAAUCAAUAAAGUGGACCACGUGAUUAAA